AUUUUAUAUAUUUGGCUGCUAAUUGUCACAUUUUAUCUGAAUAUCACAUAAAUAUUAAUAAGAUUUUGGAUUUUAUUUAUAGGAUAGAUACUAUCUUUGGUAAUUACGUUUCUAUUUGUUUGCAUUGCGUGUGGCAAUAUCUGCCAGCUAUUUCCGGCGAGUUCUGUCUGUUACUUUGCGGUGACGUUUACGCGAUUAAUACUGAGAACAGUAUCAGUGCUCUUUCUAUAGUGUGAUUUACGCAGGCUUUGAACAACCAAAGACGUUGAACGUAUCCUGAAAACUACAGGGAAGAAAACCAGCAGCGAUUCAACAUUUUUUAGAAUAGAUAUCUGAUAAACCGCAUCGACAUUCAAACGAAGGACACUUUUGAGGUUUGGGCAGUCAUUAGUUAUAUCAAUAGACAAAAAUGGGCUUGACCAUAAGUAGCCUGCUAACACGCCUUUUUGGCAAAAAACAAAUGAGGAUCUUGAUGGUCGGUUUGGAUGCUGCUGGAAAAACAACAAUCCUCUACAAAUUAAAAUUGGGUGAGAUUGUAACCACCAUACCCACUAUUGGUUUCAACGUAGAGACAGUCGAGUACAAAAACAUCUGCUUCACGGUCUGGGACGUCGGUGGUCAAGACAAGAUCCGACCACUCUGGAGGCACUACUUUCAAAAUACUCAAGGACUCAUUUACGUCGUAGACAGUAGCGAUCGGGAUCGUAUUGCCGAAGCUGAACGGGAACUAGCCAAUAUGUUACAAGAAGAUGAACUGAGAGAUGCUGUCCUAUUGGUAUUUGCUAACAAACAAGAUUUACCUAAUGCUAUGUCUGCCGCUGAGCUUACCGACAAAUUAGGUCUUAAUGCGCUACGAGGACGUCAUUGGUACAUUCAGAGUACUUGCGCUACUCAAGGACAUGGACUUUACGAAGGGCUUGAUUGGCUGAGUAACGAAAUGGCUAAAAAGUGAUAAUAUCAAUCAGUUACCAAUUCGUCGCAACAACAAAUUAUAAUGUUUAUCAUUUGGUAUAUUUAAGCAUGGACAUAGGGAAAAGUAAUCAAGACUAUAAUAAUCGUAUGGUUUGCUACGCUUUACACUAAUGCAGAUAUCUUUCUAUUUAUCUAAACUUUUCUCGGCAUUGAAUAUAAAUUCAUUCUCGAGCGCAAGCAACGCAUAAUGCAAAUUCUAUAUUAAAUUUGUCCUUGUUGGUAGCAAAUUACUCUUGGACAUUAUUCUAAAUUUACGUUAAAGUUGACAUGUACACACCUUGUGAGCAUGGUAAUUCAUAGUUUUAAGAUAUAUAGUCACUCGUUAGUAGGUACUAACACAAAAGGAGGAACUAAUUCUUUUGUCAUUUUAUACAUGUUAUAUAACUCUCUUUGAAAUUGUUUUCUGCAAUUUUGGAAUGUUAUUCUCAACACUCUUGGAUUUGAAUAGCGCAAAUGCAGCCAAAUUUUGAAAUUGCUACUUGAAUUUAUAUCACUAUGUAAGGUCUCAUGUGUAAAUUUAUCUGACCAAUACUCACAUUUUCCCAAAAAGGUGUAUUAUUUUCUGAAUUAAUUUUGUGAAAAAUGUGAAAAAGUAGCUAGCAUCUUACAUAUGUAACGGUGAGACUUUGGAUUAUACGAGCUAUAUAACGAAUAGUUUUAAGUACAUUUAAGAUUUGAUUAAUUUUCUCUAUGCCUGCGCAACUAAAUAAGCCGCAGUGGUGUCUCCUUCAACAACACAGACUGUUUGUAUCGUCAUGUUGACAAGAAAAUUGUAAAAUUAGUAAUAUUCAUAAUUAAGAAUUAAGAAUAUAAGUUGUGCGGUAUCUGGCUGAAGAUCCAUUCAUUAAUACUGAAGAUAGUUGUUUGUAUUGUAUGAGACUAGUUAUUAAGUGAAUGAUAAAUAAAUCAAAAAAUAAAAUCCUAA